AAAAAAACAAUAUAAUUAAUUGGGAUGGUUAGAGGUGCCUCUUAAUUAACAACUUUAAGGGGUGAGUCCUAGAUGACGUGGCACGUUGAAAUGAAGGCCCUUUCUCUCUCCUUCGUCGGUGAAAUCAAUCGUUUUUCUUCCUCCUCCCAUCUCGAUCACUCCAUCUUCUCCUAAGAUUCUGAUCUUGAAGAUGAUCUUAUCAGCUCUUGGUGCUUGUUCUUGUGUGGCUCUGUUUAAAUCAACUGCUGGAGCUUCUUUUUUGGGAGUCCACCAAUGAAACUCCCGUAAUUUUUAUUCCUCCUAGCUACCACAAUCAUCUUACGAUCUGCGCAACACAAAUAGAAGCUCAGCUUUCUUCUUCUUUUCUUCUCUCCCAAGAUUUGGAGCUUUUUAUGAUGGCGCUGUUCCCUCUUCACCAUGAAUUCCCAUGUAAAGAUCAUGUCUUUCAGCAUAGAACUUCAACAGGGAAUAGAAACAGGACAAAUGUUUUCCUCUGCAAGGACAAUAGGAGCUUGGCUUGUGGACCAAUCUCAGAACAAGGAGAUGAUCAAAGGAGAUGAGUACGAGGACUUGUUUCAGAAGGCCAUUGUAAUGACAGGGAUUGGUCUCAUAUUAAGCCAUUUCGGUCCUAUAGAUGAUUGGACAAAUCUGGGAGCACUUGUAGCUGGGAUCGUGUACGGGUACUUCACUUGUCCAAUGCUUCAAUUUGGAAAAGGAAGUGAAAGACCAGAAGGGAUUGUGACUGUUGGACAGGAGAAACAGAAUAGUGGUGAUCCAUGUAAAUCGCUUCUUGUGUUCGUAGUCUUUGUUGCGGUUCUUGUGACUUGUGUUCAGAACAAGGAGAUGACCGUAAGAUGAUUUUUUGGGAGUUCUCGUGGUGCUUGUUUUUUUUUGGGAGUUCACCAAUGGACACCCAAAAAAUUAAAAUUCCUUAACUUUUCAAAAUUAAUUAAAAUAAAAUGCUAAGAAUCACAUAUAAGAGGUUCACCAAUGGAGUUGCUCUAAGGCUGCUCUAAGUAACCUACACGUGUCGGUCUAUGCGAAUAAUUUUCUGGAUCAGCUUCAUCGGACCAUCCACGUGUAGUCUACGAAAAACCCUAAACCCUUCACUCUGUGUAUAAUUACUAGCCGUCCUUUUCACUGAAAACUCACAGUCACACACGUACUACAAACAAACCAACUACGAUCAAACAUGGCUUCAGCUUCAUCAUCAGCGGCGAGAUUACUCAUCCGCGACGGAAAAUCAGUGGCGAGUUUACUCUUCCGUGGAUGUGCCUCCUCCGCCAAUCUCACGGAGAACACUGGACCGGCCAUUCGGUCUCUGCUUCUGUUAAACCAGAGGCUGCCUAGUCAACACCCGGUUUUCGCUGAACCAUUUCCGGUUAUGCAACCCGGUUUCGGUUCCUACUUCACUCAUGAGGAGGCAGUGUCGGUGGUGAGAAGAGGGAAAAUGGAAGCGGGUCAGGGAAAGCGAGUGGUGAACAACAACGAGGGCAGCUCUUCCUCGGAGGAGGAGCAGGAGACAGAUUUUGUUGAGGAAGAGUUUGAUGAUAUUGAUAUGGACGAUGAUGAUGAGGAGUUUGACGAUACUGACGAAGAAGAUGAUGAUGAUGGUGAUGAGGAAGAGAAGGCCGUUCUAUUCAAGAAGAAGAAGUAAAAAAAGCCCCUCAAUUAUUUGCGAAAUGUUUAUCUGUUUCUUUUUUUUAUGAGAUUAAUGUGUUAGACUUGCAAAAUAAUUAUAUGUUUUUGAUGAAAUAAAGAUUUCCGUUU